UCCAGAUCCGUUCUAAUGAAGAUAAGAUGAAGAAAGUCUUCUACAGCAUCACUGGUCCAGGAGCUGAUCAGGAGCCUGUGGACCUUUUCACCAUGGACCGUCUCUCCGGCAUUCUGUAUGUCACACAACCGCUGGACAGAGAGAAGCAAGCCAUGUACAAUUUUCAAGCACAUGCUGUAACCGAAGGUUCAGGAAAAGCUGAGGAGCCUAUGGAUAUUUUUGUCAAGGUGAUAGACCAGAACGAUGAGAAACCUCGUUUCACUCAAGACCCCUUCGUGGGAGAAGUUCCCGAGGCCUCAAAAAGAGGUUUUGAGGUGAUUCAGGUCACGGCCAUAGAUCUUGACGAGGAGGAAAACGCCAACUCAGAUAUCCGGUACCGUAUUGUAAGUCAGGAACCAGAGAUGCCCAAUCCAAACAUGUUUGCAAUCAACCCUAAAACUGGAGUUAUCAGAGUCAACGGCGAUGGGCUAGACAGAGAGGAAUUUCCCAAGUACACUCUGACGGUUGAAGCAGCGGACAUGGAUGGAGAAGGGUUGAGGGGAGAAGCCAGAGUAAUCCUUACUGUCUCAGACAGCAACGACAAUGCUCCGACCUUCGAUAAGUCCAAUUAUGUGGCAACAGUUAAAGAAAAUAAAGUGGAUGCUCAGAUCGUCGUGAUGACUGUAAGCGAUGGUGACGUGCCAAAUUCCCCAGCCUGGAACGCCAAGUUCACUAUUGUCAGUGGUGAUUCUGAAGGAUUUUUCGCAGUGAAAACAGGAAGUAACAAGAAGGAAGGAAUCAUUUCUACUGUCAAGGGUCUCGACUUUGAAAAGAGCAAAAGCCACACACUUUUGGUUGCAGUGGAGAAUGAGAUUCCUUUUGCACUUGACCUGCCCACUGCCACUGCCACAGUGGUGGUGACCGUGGAGGAUGUCAACGAAGCUCCAGUGUUUGAUCCGAUAACAAAGACGGUGUCGAAGCGAGAGGACCUUGCUGUCGACACUGACAUAGUGCUGUACACCGCUUCUGACCCAGACACAGCGCGCAAACAAAAAGUCAUGUAUAAGGUAAUUAGAGACCCUGCCGGCUGGCUGAACGUGUCCAAAGACACAGGCCUGAUUAAAGUUAAAACUCCGAUGGACAGGGAGUCCCUCUUCGUCAAGGAAAACAAAUACACAGCACUCAUCGGUGCAUACGACAAUGAUGAAAUCCCGGCCACAGGAACUGGUACUCUGAUAAUCCAUCUCGAAGAUGUCAACGACAAUGCGCCAACCAUCGAGGAACGUAAAAUCACGGUUUGUAACAAGGAAUCGGCUCCUCAACUGCUGACAGUAACGGAUAAAGACGGACCAGACUUUGCUGCUCCAUUCAGAGUCUUUUUACGGGGCAGCUCAAAGAGCAACUGGACUGCUAAGAUGAAUGGUUCCAAAACGGGCAUCAUCCUGAAACUAUUCUCUGAGUUGCCGAGCGGAGAAUACACUGUGGUCCUGAGGGUAGCCGACAACGAGGGCCUGGAGCAGGACAGCACCGUUCAGGCCAAAGUGUGCAACUGCAAGGGAAAAGAUGUGAUCUGCAAACCAGGGCCGAUAGCUGCCAGCAGUCUGCCCCACAUCCUGGGAAUACUGGGAGGCAUCCUGUUGCUGCUCAUGCUGGUGUUGCUGCUGCUGCUGUUUGCGAGACGCAGAAGAGUGGUGAAGACGGACCUUCUUUUGCCACCCGAGGAUAUCAGAGACAACAUCUAUCACUACGAUGAAGAAGGAGGCGGGGAGGAUGAUCAGGACUACGAUCUGAGUGUUCUCCACCGCGGUCUGGACAACCGGCCCGAGGUGUUCAGGAACGACGUGGUGCCGAACUUCAUGCCGGCUCCUCAGUAUCGACCUCGCCCUGCCAACCCGGAGGAAAUCGGCAACUUCAUCGAUGAUAACCUGAAGGCAGCAGACAAUGACCCGACAGCGCCCCCCUACGACUCCCUGCUGGUGUUCGACUACGAGGGAGGCGGCUCAGACGCGGGAAGCCUCUCCUCCCUGAACUCGUCGAGCAGCGGGGACCAGGACUACGACUGCCUCGCCGAGUGGGGACCGCGCUUCAAGAAGCUGGCCGACAUGUACGGAGGAGGAGAAGACGACAUGCUGUAAACGUACCAAAAGAAUAAAAGUUGUAUAUUGGUGGAUGCACAUUAUGGCUGCGUGAGUGCUAGAUUUGUGUAAGCAUGAACUGAUGAGUGACAGCAGCCCAAAAGGGAAAGUAUCGUACAACCAAACAGCCACAGACCCACAGAUGACUGUGUGGGGAUUGAGGUUUAUUGUCACUGCAGUCCUUUUAGUGGUUCACAGCCACUGCUCAGAAACUUCAGGAUGAGUUUUAUUAAUGUAUAAGUUCCCCAUUUUGAGUGGUUAAGCUCUGUCUGCCUGUCUUUCAGAUCUUUGUUAAGUUCAACUAUGCUCUUUGUUUUUCUCUUCACUGAGUAAUGGAGCGACAUCAGUCUCAAUGUUGAUUUAUGGAUCUUUAUAUGCAGAUAUUUCAGCCUGUGCUGGAGCUUAUACUGGUUGACACUGGAUAUGUACACAAGAUGCUUGCAGUUGCACUCGUAACUUUUGUGUCAUUUUGGCAAUUUAUGGUACUUUAAAAUUUUUGUUUCUAUUUUGUUUGUAGAGUUUGUACUAUUGCUUCAUUUUAAAUU